UAUUAAAUGUGUGCAGAUGUCAGCUGCAAAGCUGACUGAGUUGUAAUCCUCACUUACCCUUUGAAACUCCCAUUGCACCUUGGGUGACGGUGAGUCGGGUUAAUAAUUGCAAAGUUAAGAUGAUAAAACCUCUGCUCAGAUGUUAGCAGGGGUAGAAGAAGGUUCUGCACAUCCACUCGUCAUCUUUCCAGGUACCGGUGGAGGAAAACUGAAAGAGAGGAGCACCUCUGCGAUGGCCUGCCAGGCUCUGAGGGCUUGUCGUAGACCAGGACGGGCUGCAAGUCCACUACCCUCCUGCCUGACUUCAAUGCAGCUUCGCGGGCAGCAGACGCUGGGGUCUGCCUCCCUCCCUCUGGCUCAACACUCGGUGAGGAACGUCCAGGCUCUGGAUGAGAAGCGGAUGAUGGAGGUGGAGUGGGAGGAUGGAGGCCACAGUCUGUACCCGUUCACCUGGCUGAGAGACAACUGCCAGUGUCCGCUGUGUACGCUGGACUCCGCUCAGGCCCGGAACCUGUUGAUGUCUGAUCUUGACAUCCACACUGGAGUCGACGUCGUUGAGGUCACCAACGACAACAAGGUGUCCAUUGCGUGGCCCGACCAGCACACCAGUGUGUUUGACGCAGAGUGGCUGAAGAAACGCUGCUUCUCUGCUGCUGCCAGACAAGCAUUAAAAGAAGAGCUUUUCCUCAACGAGCGUUAUUAUUGGGACUCCAAACUGCGCGUUCCCACGGCCGACUACCAGGAGGUCCUCUGCGACGACAAGGCCGCGCUGGACUGGCUCUUGGCCCUGCGCCGCGUUGGCGUCGUCCACCUGAAGGGGGCGCCGGCGGAGCAAGGCGUAGUGGCCAGACUCGCCGAGAGGAUCGGCUAUCUCCGGCUGACGUUCUACGGGCACACAUGGCAGGUCCAGGACAAACACAUGGCAAACAAUGUAGCCUACACUUCAGGAAAGCUCAGUCCCCACACCGACUACCCUGCACUGCACUUUGCACCCGGAGUGCAGUUGCUGCAUUGCAUCAGCGAUGCUGAGGAAGGAGGGGAGAGCGAGAUGGUGGACGGCUUCCACAUGGCCGAGCUGCUGCAGAGAGAAGACCCGGAGGCCUUCGGGACGCUCACCUCGGCCCACGUGGACUUCACCGACAUGGGGAUCGACUACUGCGAGUUCAUGCUGCAGGCCAAGAAGUGCAUCAUCGAAGUUGAUGCCGCCGGCCGAGUCGUGAGGAUAAACUACAACAACGCCACCAGAGAUUCGGUGCUGGACCUCCCCGUGCAUCAGGUUCAGCCCUUCUACAGAGCGCUGAGGGCCUAUGUGGAUAUCAUAAACCGAGGAGAGAACAUGGUCACCUACAAAAUGAUUCCAGGCGACGUGCUGACCUUCGAUAACUGGCGUCUGCUGCACGGCCGGAGGACCUACAGGAGCCGGCCGGACAGGUCGCGGCACCUCGAGGGCGCCUACAUGGACUGGGACGAAGUCAUGUCUCGCCUCCGGAUCCUCCGCAGCUCGGUCCGCGGAAACAGUUGAGCUCCGGGAACACGGACAAACCUUUCUUUUCUUUAAACUGAGAGUUAAGCUGAAUGUUGCUCUCAAAACGGUAAAAAGGGUAAAGAUACUAAAGAAUCUGAUUCUGAGGUAGCAAAAUAAUUUCAUGAAUUACAAAAUGAUUUUAGAGCUAGGGACGCUUUCCAACAUAUAUAAAGUUUCAAACAUGUAACACAGAUUCAACGCAAAGAUAAUAAAAACACCUUUCUUUUAAGUUUGAAAGGUGCUUUUGGAUUCAAUCAUAGUGACUAAUCAGUUUUAUAAGCUGAAAUUUAACUUCGAGGUUUUAUACAUUUUCCCCGAGUGUCACAUUAUUAUAAAGACAUUGUGCAGUUUAUAUAUUUUUUUAAGAAAUUGAUCAUUCCCAGUUCUCUGGUUGAAUAUUUGAAGAGAACCUGGCCACCUUAAAAUAACUCAUUAUUUAUUCUACAAAUUACAAUUGUCUGACCUUAUUGCUCACUGUGACUAUUACUGUGUGUAGAACGUGAUGGAGGAGGGAGUGCCCUUACUGUAGAUGUGUCUUUGCUAGAGUAUCUCGCUACCUCUCCUGUUCAGUCGUGUGCCUAAAACAAAGGAUGGUGUCCUUGACUUUCCCUUCACUCUGUGGAGAUGCAGCCUUGAUCUACAGUAGCUGUACUAGAAGUGGCAGUGUGACGCAUCUGCAGCUUCAAAUGACAAAGACGUGUGCUUUCUAAUUAACCCCAGUGGCUUCUGGCCAAACAGAAACUUUUUCUUUUAUCCGCUGAGGUUUUGAGCUUCGGCAUUUUGCAGAUUUAAUCUGAAUCUUCUUAAGACAAGUAAACAGUGUAAAACACGUUAGUUUAUCCAAAAAUAUAAAUAUCUUAGCUGAUAACGAGUGGAUUUUUUCACUCAUCUUUCCAGAAAUGAUGCCGCGCUUCUCUGGAUGAUCCUGCAAACUACCGAGAGUUCUGCGGAUCAUCCAGAGAAGCAGGAAGAUUCAGACAAAGGUAUCCCGAGCAUCCAAGAUGCAAGACAAUCUGCAUGGUUACCUGGAUUGAGUAAU